AUGGGAGACAUGGAGUUCGCUAAAGCACAUAAUUCUGCAAUUUUUCUUGAAGAUCCUCCAGCAGCCCACAGUGACUUGAAAUUCAUUGUGGAUGGUUUGAAGAAAUCAUGCUUGGUUCAUUGCUUAACUACAAAUCCUGCUAUCUACCAAAGUUUGAUUAAGGAUUUCUGGAGAAAUGCUGAUGUAAAGAAGAAUGAUCGAGGUGAAGAAUUUCUGGAAACAACAAUCGAAGACAAGAAAAUUCUAGUAACAGAAAGCAUCAUCAGAGAAUCUCUUCAAAUUGAGGACAGACCUGAGUACCUCAUGGAGAUUGACGUUCAUCAAAUUGAGAAAAUUUUAGAGCAUAUGGGAUACAAAGGAACUUUUCCUCCUACAAUCAAAAAACUGCUUCCUCCAUGCUGGAAGCUUUUGGCUCAUGUGUCCGUGAGUUGCAUUUUUGGCCGGAGAUCAGGAGCUAACGAGAUUUCUCUAGCCAACACUGGUGUCAUUGCUGCAUUGGCAGCAGAGGAUGUCAGAGAAGAAUCAGCAGAUCAAUCCAUGCCGAUGGAAAAUGAAGAUAUUCAUCACUCUCCCUCCGAGCCUGAAGUGGAGGAGAUUCAUCACUCUCCCACAGCUUGUGUAGCUGAUGAGCAUGAUUAUCAGAAAGCAAAUGAUUCAAAAUCUUCUCGAGGGGAUGAUGACGAUGAUCUUUAUGAAGAUGUGGAGUUUUUGAAAGAAACCGACUUUACAGGAAUCAAUGAUGACAUUCCAACAAACAUAGAGUUUGAUUUUGGUGAUAAAGAUUUUGAUCCUUUUCUUGAUAUUCCCAGCAGCCGUGUAAAUAAAGUUAAUGAAGUAGCUUCUCUAGCAACCAAGAAUAGAGAUGAAGGAAAUCUUCUCAAAAUUAUGUUGUCUACCUCAAAUCCCAUGGAAAUCACAACAAGCCAAGGAGAUGUGACAUCAGAGAUUCAUCCCUCUGUCACCCGUCUCAACAUCAACUCCAGUCAUUUCUAUAUUAUCUGA